UAUCUAAAGGAAGUGCCAGAAUAAGCAGCGGCAGCGCAGACCCUGAGUUGGGACACCUUUUCCACUGAGCAGUCUGCUGGAGGGUGAGGAAGAAGACGGUUGAGUUCAGGACUGAGGAGUCGCCAUGAAGACUGUCAGGGUUGUUGUCCUGCUGCUGCUGCUUGCAUCUGUCCACUAUCUAACACCAGUUUCAUCAGAAGACACAGAUGAUGCCUCAAAGCCACAAAAAACACCACAAACAAAUGUGUCAACAGAAGCAGCACCAACAGCACCAAACCCAACAGUGUCACAAGUAGUCCAGCCACACAAAGACGCCACAGCAGCUCCUGCGACGGCCCCACAAAUUCCUGCAACAGCCCUACCAACUCCUGCUCCUCCUCAGGGUUCCACCAGCAAACCCAUCGACAGCAACACAAACAAGCCCAAAACCUCACCAGCUGAGAAGACUGCCUCACCCACAACAGCACCAACAAACCACAAAACUGUACCUGUCACACCUGCAGUUGUUGCUCCUCGGGACAAUGAAACUGUGAAAAAUGAGACCGUGCAGCCAAGAUCUCCACAAAUUCCUGGCUUCUUUCCAGGAAACCACUCAGAGAUAAAUAUCACUCAAAUUCUUGCAGAGCCCACUGAAAAACAAAACACAGGAACAACCUCAUAUCAAACUGUUCCACCUCCAGUGAUGAUGCAAACUGAGAAAGAAACAAAAGAAGGACUCGGUUCUGAAACUGGCACUGAUGAAAAAGUUCCCCCCAAAUCAGACAAGAGGCUGUGGUGGAUUCUGUUGCCGGCCCUCCUGGUUGCAGCUGCUGCCGCUAUGGUGCUCAAAUUCAAAUGCAAGAAGGUUCAUGAUCACACAGAAACCAUAGAUACUGGGACCGAGAACGCAUCUUUCCAGAGCAGACCCGAGAGCACCAAAGACGGUGUCAUGCUCCUUGGAGUGAAGUCAUCAGGCGGAGAGGAAAACGCUGCUGCGAGAUAAAAAGAAGGGCAGCAACAUCAAGAACGGCCAGUGGAUGAGUCACACCAGUCGCCCACGCACUAGCAGUCUGGAGGAACAGUUGGAUGUUUUUGAUUUUACUUUGUGAAGCAGAGAAGUGUUCAAUAGUUGUUUUGAUUUAUGAUUAGGAAGGUGUCAUGAAGUUUUACAAAGCAGGGUUUUUGGCUGUGAUCAUAAAUGUCGGAGCUUGUAAACUUAUUUCACCUUCUGUACAUUCUUAAUAUUGUUGCGGAUACACAGUGACCUGUGGAAUAUAGUUAAUAUUCUGUGUUAAUAAUGCAAAUUGAAACACAGCUUUGUGGAUAAUUUGUGUGUUUGGCUACAAAACAGGUUUUCUGUACAGUGCACUGACCUCAGAUUCAUUACAUUUCUGUUGUAAUUAAUUACUCUUCAUUUCAAGCUAUUAUAAUUACUUUUAGGUUCUGUUGUAAACCUUCAUUUAUUUGUUGUGAACUGUGUGUGGGUUUUGAUGUUUUUUUAUAUUUGCAUCUAAUUAAUUGUCACCAAAGAUGAUGUAAUGACAGGCUUUGUUGAGGUCGACUCCAGUUUUCAUUCUUCAAAGAAAUCCUUGGAAGAGCAUAGUUGUGCAUUUUUACAGGAUUCCAUUGGAAACAUUUUGAAACCGAUGAUCUUUUGUUUGACUGCAAAUUCACAAUGGGUUUUCUGUAGAUACUUAAAGUUACUCAAAAAGAAGGAAGACUGCACUGGUAAAGAUUAUUCUUUUUAGGUAAAGCUCCUGUGAGGAACUUUUAGAUUGUGUUUACUUUGGCGCCCCCCCUGGACUAAUGAAUGUGUACAUGCAAAAGAGGCCUCCAUCCUGCUGUCAUUGCACAUUCAGAUGUAGAACUCGUUUUUAAUACUUGCUUUAAUGAUCAUCUCAAAGAAGGCUGUUUUUUUCAAGGCGGCAUCACAGUGGUGGUAGUUGACGCCGUCAUCUAUCUGGUUUGAAUCGUGGUCGGACAGGUCUUUCUGUAUGGCAUGUAUGCAUAGAUUCUCUCUGGGUGCUUUUGCUUCCUCCCACUGAAAACAUGCCUGUUUGGUUAAUUAGUCACUCUAAAUUGUCCGUAGUUGUGAAUCUGAGAACAGGUUGUAUCCCAACUAAGACCCUAAUUGUCAGUAUUCAUGUCUCUUUAGGGUUAUGGAAACUGAUUUGCGCUUACCCUGCUGGAUUGGUUUCAGGCAUUAAAAUGUAUAAAUCUACUGCCUUAUAAUCUUGUGUGCUUUUGUAGGCCAAAUUAAAGUACUGUCAAUAAUUAAAGGUAAUUUCAUUGCAAAAUAAAAACUCUUCACAGGAGCUUUAAUGUAGCAUCCAGGCACAUAGAAUAAGCAGAUACAAAGAAUUGUUUUAAAAGACACUGGAACAACUUAAUGGCUUGAAUUUGUUGCUCUGCACCUCAAUUUACUCAAUAAACCACUUUAAAUUUUA